AUGGACUUGGACCAUCCGUUUUUUCUCUCUGCCACAUGGCAUGUGCCAGUCAAUGGAAAGUUGCAUAAGAUUGGUUUCGAGCAUGUGGUAAUGGUGGGAGUCGGGAUUAUUCGAGUUGAUGAUAAGAUAGUCCUCCAUGAAUCCAGUUAUCCCGGAAAGCCAGCCAGAGACACAUUCAAGGUUUCUGGAGUCAACUGCAUUAUAAAAGUGCAAGAAAUCUCGGAACAUAUAUUUCAAGCCAACUUGGAGGUGGAUGGGCGGAGCUUCAAGGAUUAUCAGGAGCAAUUUAAUCAGAAAUUUAUUACGUGGAAGCCAAUUACUGUAGCUGGAAAAGAUGUCAGCGUUGUUUUGGACAAGGAGACACUCGAAGUUUGGAGAGAUGGAAAUGCUAUUGACACAACGAGAGACUUCACUGAAUCAGGUAUCGCCACAUUCUUCCAACUUGACAGCACUCCCUGCAAGAUUUUGAGUGAUGGUACUUCUGGAAAACGAACAAUGACACACAUCCUCUAUGCAAAUGAUGUGGAGGUUCCAAUAGUUGUGGAGGUGGAUGAGAGACCGAUCAAAUUGGAUUUGACGGGGACGCUGAAAUCGAAAAAGAAGAAUUAUAAGUGA